CAGCUUUUAAAAUGAAACUGCCUUCACUAUCAUUUGUUGGUCUGAAUCUUGGACUCGCUGGCAUUGCUCUUUCGGCAGUGUUUAAGCUAACCCGCGAGCAGUACAUUUGCGUGAAGGAAAUAUGGGCAUUCAACUCUGGUUAUAUUGAGAGUAGAAUCGUCCAGAUUGACCCCAGCAGUCUUACCCGUGAACAAAAAAAGGCACUUGAUGCUGUUUUUGAUGAGGGCCAAACACCAGGUAUAAAUGUCACACUCCAAUUUAUCACAAACCCCACCCAAUUACAAGCAGAGGCUGUGCUUGGAGUAUUUGACGAUUACGAGCGAUCAGUAUUAUUCGGUAACUGUACCUUUUAGCAAACUAGAUCUCUCAAUAAAGUUGACUAGAACUUU